AUGACUACUGCGGCAAAUACGGAAAGUAAUGAACAUACAAGAUUACUAUCAAAUACCAAUAAUGAAGUUAAUAAUACCUACAGUAGUGCAACCAAUGACACUACUGAUUCAGAAGUAGCUCCGUCACAAGAUGAUUCAAACCAACCACAAGACUAUGUAGUCACUCCACCAACUACUCAAGAUACUUCAAGUCCUUCGUCCCCCAAUUACGAUAGGAGAUAUGAUAACGAGGACUUCACUCGCCACAAUGAAUAUGACGAUGACGAUGACGAUGACGAUAAUAUGAGCAAGAUAUUGCAAAUUGCUAAGAGGCCAAGUUUUAUCUGGGUUUGUUGUUUAGGUGUGGUUGCUUUAAUUAUUUUUCAAUUGACAUUUUUACCUAGAACUUCUGUUGCACGAGAUUAUAGAAAUUGGCAUGGAAUUAAAUUAACCAAAAAUGAUAUCAAAAGGAAUUUCUUGACAAUGACUAGAAUUGGAAAAUACCAAAAUACAUUAACUACAGAGGAUUAUAUUAAUAAUUUAUUGAGAAACCUUACUGAUUUGAACAAGAACUCCGAGGUUAAUAUGAUAGCUCAGGAUAAUCCGAAAUUGACUGAAUUCAUUAAGUCUAGUUUCAAACUGUUUGGUGCUUUUAAAACAGAAUCAUUUACUCGUCAGGUAGAGUUAGGAGUACCGGUGACUUCAAAUUUAAGGCUACUUGACAAUCAGGAUGAUGUUGUAUAUGAACCAAAAUUAUUAGAACCUAAAUUCAAAACACCAGCAUAUUUUGCUUUAGGGUCAUCGGGACAUGUUAUAGGUGAUUACUUAUUUGUUAACAACGGAGAGCCAAAAGAUUACGAAUUGUUACAAAACCAAGGGAUUAACGUGAAGGAUAAAAUUGUGAUUAUUAAAUCAAAUCGUCAUUAUAAGAAUAUUACUAUUGGAGAGAAAAUUGCCAUUGCCGAAUGGAAUGGUGCUAAAGGUGUGUUGACUUAUAAUGAUUGGAGAACCGAAUUCGAUAGUAGUGUUCCACCAGGCGACUCUACUGGAAUAAACAAUGCAAUUUCUAGAGAUACUUUGCUUUAUAAUACUGAAAUCCCUGCUAUUCCAGUCAGCAUGAAGAUUAUCAAGCCAAUAUUGGAAACCCUACUUAAACCCACAGAUUCUUUUAGUAGCUGGGACUAUGCUCCAUCUUCAAAUAGAUUAUUUAAACUAGAGUUGAAUACCGAGUUUACAUCUUCACAAGAAUCAAGAAACUUUACCACUAUAGUGAGUACAAUUAAAGGGAUUAUAAAUGAUGCUGAUAUUAUCAUUGGCGCUAGACGUGAUUCAUAUGCAUCUUCAAACCCCUUAUCUGGUCAUGCCAUCAUGUUAGAGAUCAUGAGAUACUAUCAAAAGUUGGUAAAGCUUGGAUGGAAACCAUUGCGUAACAUCAAAUUUGUUUCAUGGGAUGCAUCAUAUUUGAAUUUGUUGGGAGUAGAGAGUAUUACAAAUGAUACAAACGUUUUCAAUCCCAAAAGAACCAUUGUCGCUUACAUAAAUAUUGAUGGAGAUGCGGUUACUGGCAGUAAAUUUAAGGUGGAUGCAAAUGCUGUGUUUAACCAUGUUUUAAGAUAUACUUCCAAGUCAAUCCCAAUUCCAAAAGAAGCAGUUGGAAGUGCUGCGGACUCAAUCUUUUAUAAUGAUCUCAGUCGUGGGUCUGAUGAUCGUUAUACUACUUUGUACCAGUACUGGUGGAAACAGGAUAAAACAGCCAUUAAUAAUAAUAUGGGUCGGGCUAUUGUUAACUCAGAAUCAUCUAUAUUUCAAAAACACUUAGCGACGCCUAUAAUUAAUGUUAAAUUUGAGAAUGAUCCGCUGGUUGAUCAUGACGUUUACGUUCCAAAUUCAAAUUAUUAUUCAUAUGAAUGGCUAAUUAAAAAUAAAAUUGAUGAUGAUUUAUUGUUACAUGGACUGUUGAUGAGAUUUGUUGGGUUAUUGGCAAUUUCGUUAACUGAGCAUGAAGUUUAUGAUUACAAGACUAAUCCAUAUUUUAAAUUUAUUUCAUCGUGUUAUAAAAACUUGAUGAAGAAAGAGUCAAACAAGUUGGAUACUUGGAAGGAUAAUAUUGUUCCAAAUUAUUUGAUUUUUAAAUCGACUUUAUUUCAACAUUUAGAUACCAAUGAACCAGUUUCAUUUCAACAGGUUUUAGAUCAAGUUGGAAUAAUGAUUAAUCAUCAAAUACUAAACCAAACUAAAAUCUUUGACGAUUGGAAUGUUGCCGUUGAAGAAGGGUUGAUGCAAGAUUAUCCAUGGUACAUGUACUAUAAGAAAUUACAGCAUUUUGCUGAAUACAAAGUUUCAAAUUACAAGUUGGCAUAUUUGGAAAAUGAUUUGCAACUUAAUGAUAGAGAUUACUUAUAUUUAAAAGUAGAUGAGAAUGGAGGAAGUACAAAACACAUUUCUAAUUAUUAUUAUGAUUCUAUAAUUUUUGGGCAAACCAAAUUUCAUCCGAAUGAAAAUCAAGAGUAUUUUAAUCAAAGGAAUUUAAGUGGUUGUUUCACGUACUUGUACCAGAGUAUUGAAAAUGAUGAUUUUGAAUUUACAAUUAAAUGGUUAGUUUUAAUUUAUGAAAAAGUAAAUAAUAUAGAUUAUAAAAUGACAUAG